AUGAAGAAACACUCUGCCAGGGUCGCCCCGCUGUCCGCCUGCAACAGCCCGGUCCUCACCCUCACCAAAGUGGAAGGAGAAGACCGCCCCCGGGAGGCUGUGGUGGGCACUGCAGAGGCUCAGUCGGCAGUAGGAGUAGCAGGAGCAGAGACCAGCACCACCAAGAGGAGGCUGCGCUGCUGCAUUAGAGUCACCGCGUUGCAGGUGCACAAGGCGCUGUGGGGGGUGGCCAUGGUCAUUUGUGUGUGCUCGUCCUGGGCUGGCUUCACGCAGAUCUCCAAACUGGCAUUCAAACAGUUCGACGCCCCGUUUACACUCACCUGGUUCGCCACCACAUGGAACUCCCUCUUCUUCCCCCUCUACUACAUCGGCCAUGCGUGCAAGAGUCCAGAGCGGCAGACACUCCGGCAGAGAUUCAGGGAGUGCAGCCGAUUUUUUGGGGACGACGGACUCACCCCCAAAGUGUUUUUCACUAAAGUGGCUCCAUUUGGUCUCCUGUGGAUCCUCACCAACUACCUGUACCUGCAGGCGCUCAGGAAGAUCAACACCACCGAUGUGUCUGUGCUCUUCUGCUGUAACAAGGCCUUCGUCUUCUUGCUCUCAUGGAUCGUGCUUCGAGACCGCUUCAUGGGGGUCAGGAUAGUAGCUGCUAUCUUGGCUAUAGCAGGCAUUGUCAUGAUGACCUACGCUGAUGGAUUUCACAGUCACUCCGUCAUAGGCAUCACUUUGGUUGUGGCCUCUGCUUCAAUGUCAGCACUCUACAAGGUACUCUUCAAGAUGGUUCUGGGCAGUGCCAAAUUUGGAGAAGCUGCUCUUUUUCUGAGCUUGGUAGGAAGUGCCAACUUCGUGUUCCUCAGCUUUGUGCCAGUCAUUCUGUACUUCACACAUGUCGAGUACAUUGCCUCGCUGGCUAACAUCCCCUGGCCAUAUUUCUGUGGGGUAUCAGCUCUACUCUUUGCUUUUAGUGUCCUGGUCAACUUUGGCAUUGCAAUCACAUAUCCAACCUUAAUAUCCCUUGGCAUUGUUCUCAGCGUUCCUGUAAAUGCCAUGGUGGACUUCUACACAUGUGAAAUAGACUUCAACACAGUUCGUCUCAUCGCGGUCUCCAUUAUAUGUCUGGGAUUUCUGAUGUUACUGCUCCCUGAAGACUGGGACCAGUGCAUCAUCCAGCUAAACACCAAGCUACGAAAACGUGAUGAACCGACAGAUGGCAGCGCCGCUACCUGCCUGCUACUCCUGCAGCUUCAAGGAAAUGGCUCAAGAUGA